CCACGUGCCGGGCAAGCUUGAACCCUGCCUUGUAGCCACCAGCACCACACCUUCUGUGAGACACGGCCGAUCGUAGUUGAAACACCUUGAAUUGACGUCUCAUGGUGGGCAAUGUUUUCCCCUUGCGCCCUGCCUGUGCAACAACAGCAAAUCUUGCUGCGCGCCAUCGUCACCUCUUGUACCGCUGCGCUGCGGGGUCGAGCAACUGCUUCACAUUUGCCGCCCACCAACAACUUCAUGUCACACCUUUUCGCCAAUCUGCGACUUGUACUGCCGGCGCCGAGGAGCCACUUCAUCUCUUCAUCUCCAUCAUCUGAGACGGCCGGUCCAAAUAGAGUGGUUUGUAGCCAUGUCAUCAGUGCCGCCUCGCCCUUCUAGAACU